AUGCUUCGACCUAUUUCCCUCUUCUCGGGUGUUCUAGCCGGGGGACUUCUCUACCGUGCUGCAUUCUCCACCAGUGCAAUUCGGUCUGACACUGGAAACCGAGUUUUCUUCCGAAUCCGAUACUCUCAGGAAUUUGACCAGCUCAAGACCCUUCCCACACCUUUGCUGUGCAACUUCUACAUUCGAAACGAUCCCUUCUCGAAGACGGUGUCCGAGCGAUUGAAGGAGAUUGUCGAGAAGGAGACCUCCAACACCGUCAAUGCCGUUGAUGUCGAGGCCGACGAACCCGAGGUCAGAGACUUUAUGAUUGACUACGGAGUCAACCAGAUUCCUACCAUCAUUGCUCUGCGAGGAGGAAUUGUUAUCGAUAAGUACGUGCCCAAGAAGGACACUGAUCUGUCUGACCUCAAGGGCUGGGUUGACAAGGUUGGUGGAGGGGACGCUCCUAAGAAGGAGUAA